UCGGAUCGGAUAUGAUUUCCCUGAUUUGAAGAAAAGUUUGAUUGGCCAGAUCAAGUGAAUAAUCUAAAUGAGAAGUGAAAUAUUGUGCUCUUGAUCUUGCUACCAUUGUAUCGUGGUAGCUAGCAGUUUUCUUGCUUGCAGCCCAUGUUUUGGUCGCUUCUGUCACUGAUAAUUGAUAUAAUUGCUGCUUACUAAUAAUCGGAAGCCAUGGGAGACGAUGUGCAAGAGAAAGUUCGAAAAUACGAAGAAUUUUUGAACGAACGUCUGAAACGAGACCUUCAGAAAGUAUUGGCUGCCCGUGAAGCCGUGUAUGCAGACAUAGCCGACUACCUGCUGCUCAAAUCAACGAUUGAACAACUGAAGGUCGCAGAGCUGCCCAAAGGAGAGCUACGUACGAAGGUCGAUCUGGGAUGUAACUUCUACGUGCAAGCAAAAGUGCCAGAUCCGAAGAAGGUAUGCGUCGCAGUGGGCUUUGGCUUCUUCGUGGAAUGCAGUCUAGAUGAAGCCCUUGGCAUCAUCGAGAAGCGAGUAGCGCUGCUUAACAAGAAAAGUGAACAGUUGACCGAGGAUUCGUCAAAGAUCAAGGCGAAUAUUCGUGUUGUUCUAGAGGGACUUGGUGAGCUGCAGUUUGGACAAGGCAGUGCCACAUCCAACGUAGCAACAGAUGCAUAGCGACUAGCAAUCUUGCAUCAAGGCGCCAUGAACAGCGUUGCCUCUGCAGUAAUUGUACAGCAGAUGGUGAACAAAUGUCCCUUCCAAGUACAAGUGCGCCGUCGCCUCGAGAUCAGUGCCACACCGUCGCCAUGCCGACCAGCUCAGCUCCACCGAUACUGAUAGUCGGCAACACGUGGCUAGCAUACCAGCAGAUACAAGUGCAAGUUCCCUUCUAGCCUCCACGGCAUCAUGCAGCCGGCCACAGUCUUCCCAUGCAACACGCACAGUCACUGACACGUCUGGUACGGUGUUUCAGGGAAUGAUUUUUACAAGAGGCAAACUAGAAUGGGAACCAGCGAAGUGGCAGAAUAAUAAGACUUCACUUUGAGUACGCUCAGAGAGGCGUGAUUCAAAGAAUUGUAAAGGCAGGAGAAACUAAGCAAUCGAGAGUGCACAGACAUGACUCAUUACAGGAAAAACCAGACGCAAGCUGCUGCUCGCGUGACAACCUACUGCUAAUAUCUGUGUACGCUGCUGCUCGCAUGGCAACCUACUGCUAAUUGUGUACAACGAGUACUAUUGGACAAAAUUCUAGAGCAAAAGACUAAGCUUUCUGUAGACAAUAGAAUUGGCCUGAGUGUGGGGAGUGUGUAUUUGAUGAUGAUCAUGAUGCUGCUGCUGCUGAAAUCUUGAUUAUAUAUUGUGGCCGCUAGACGCGAGGUCAUUCUUUCAUAAUCAUAUGAUGCUGCUCUCUGGUAUGUCGGCAUAUUGCUAACCGGCUAUGUUUGGCAGAAAGCGCUUUUCCAGUACUCGUACUCUUUGAACAUGCAAAAGAACUACAUGUAGAAGACGGGAGCAAGUGCUGUGCUCUUGAA